CUAUACGUGAAACCUGACAGCUAAGAUAUUUUAGCUUAGACAAUUUUGGUGAUCCGCUAAUACACAGACUGAGAUGAAAGUUGUAGUUUCAUCUGUAUACAGAGGAGUGAAAUCGAUAAUUCUAUAAUUUCCUAUUACCAUAAAUAGUUUCAAAAUUAUUUUGUCUACCAUAGUUAAACAAGUUUGAGUACUACUACUAGUUAAUUUAGCAGAGGCGAUUGAAGUGUUCAACUUUCUUCUUGGGUUGUGUGCUGAUUGAUGUGUGACGCCAUCACAAAAACCAACUACUUGGACGCCUAAAUCGUACGCGACCCUCUUCAGGAGACGCACAAAGUCUCUUCCUUUACCAUCCCACACGUUCCGCCCCGGCAACUUUCAUUUUGUCUCCGGGUCGGGUCAAUGUCAAGAACGACGGGCACUGUAUAUAAUCGUCGAAUCAAUUGUUGGAUCUCGAUCAAAUUUUGAGAUAGAUUCCCGGAAUUUUUUCUCCCCUCGAGAGAUUUUAGGGUUUAAUCAAUCCUGUGGAGAUGAUUGAACAUGGGAGCUCGUCCUUUGAUUACCGGGGCAUUAGAGAGGCUGCUUGCAACGCCGGCGCCGGAGCCACCGCAGGUGCAAUCGCGGCGACUUUCGUUUGCCCGUUGGAUGUGAUCAAAACGAGGUUGCAGGUUCUUGGUCUCCCGGAAACUCCAGUCUCGGGGAAAAGAGGUAGUGUGAUCAUUACAAGCUUACAGAAUAUAGUAAAGAAUGAAGGUUUUAGGGGAAUGUAUCGAGGGCUCUCACCAACCAUCAUAGCUCUCCUUCCGAACUGGGCUGUCUACUUCUCGGUUUAUGGGAAGCUAAAGGAGGUUCUGCAGUCAAGUGAUGGCAACCUUAGUAUUGGGGCCAACAUGGUAGCUGCUGCUGGUGCUGGAGCUGCCACAUCUAUUGCAACUAAUCCACUUUGGGUUGUCAAGACAAGAUUAAUGACGCAAGGAAUUAGGCCGGAUGUGGUACCUUACAAAAGCGUUAUGUCUGCUUUUAGUAGGAUUUGUCAUGAAGAAGGGCUGCGAGGGCUGUACAGUGGCAUCUUGCCUUCAUUGGCGGGAAUAAGCCAUGUCGCGAUCCAGUUUCCAGCUUAUGAAAAGAUUAAGCAGUACAUGGCAAACAUGGAUAAUACAUCCGUCGAGGAUCUGAGUCCUGGGAAUGUUGCUAUUGCCUCUUCAAUCGCGAAAGUGCUCGCCUCUGUUUUGACUUACCCACACGAGGUGAUUAGAGCCAAGCUUCAAGAACAAGGCCAGAUGAGAAACUCUGAGACUAAGUAUUCCGGAGUCGUUGAUUGCAUCAAGAAGGUGUUUAGAAGCGAAGGGAUUCCUGGAAUGUACCGUGGAUGUGCCACUAACCUACUGAGGACAACUCCAUCAGCAGUUAUUACAUUUACAACCUAUGAGAUGAUGCUUAGAUUCUUCCGACAAGUUGUGCCACCAGAGACUAGCAAGUCGGACGAUCACGAAAGAGAAGAAGAAAGAAGAACGAGUUUAGUUAGUCAACGAGGAGGACAAGAAGAUCUAGAGAAAGAUUCGGGUUUGAGAGAAUCACAAACACAAUCUAAUAAGAUCAAAACUUCCCCUAUCCCUCUUGGAGGCAAAUAAAAGCUUUUCCAGACUCGCAGACAUGCUUCAUAAAAAAAUUUCUUUUUUGCUUAAAGCCAUGUUCCAAUUAAGUGAUUUUUCCCCUUGCGGUGAUCAAGUUGUAACUUUAUUUUCUUUCUCGUCGUUCUAACAAAUGUGUAACCUACCAAUAAAUAAUUUUGAUGCUCACAUUCGUUUAGGUCUUCACAGACUCUCUUUUAGUCCAGGUCCCUCCCCGUCUCACUCUCUAUGUUCAAAUUGCAGGUUUUUGGAUUUAUAGAAAGUGAUUUAAGUAAUUUCACUAUUACAUGAUUUGGAUGGAAUGUAGGAGACCUUAAUGGUGGAGGCUACUACGGUUUAUUUCCUUUCUCAAUAUUGGCGGUUUCACUUACCACAAG